AUGUACGAAUCCGAAGACUCCAGUGUAGCUAGUAGCUCGUUUGGCGAACAAGAUGAGAUGGAGCACUUUAUGAACAGAUGUUCUAUUUGUUUUGAUGCACAUCUUGAUUUCUGUUUAGAGUUCUGUCGAGAUCAAUAUUGUUUAGAUUGCUUCCAAAAAUACAUUGUCGAAGUAGUUAAAUCAUCAUGGGGCUUGAGUGUGACUCCUAUCAGGUGUCCUGUUUGCAAUGAACAGAUACCAAAGCAUGAAUGGACACAGUAUGUGCCUCGAAAGGUUACCGACACGUACGACAGAUUCAACAAGCCUUACAGAAGCUACACUCGAGCAUGUCCUCACUGCCAAGAUGAAAUAACGCCCUGUGUGUACAAUGCCAACAGAAACCAAUUGAUGCAGUCAAAUAGAUUGUUCUGUGAUAUCAUGGAGUCCAUGUUAUUUUCUUGCUACCACGGUGAUUCCCACAAGAAUCACACAGAUCACAUUGCCGUCAAGCGCUGGAUCACCAUCUACAAACGUCAAGACUGGUCAGACUCCAAGCUCCUGAUUCUCUACAAAAACAUCAUGCAGGACGUCUUGACAUUUGAAAAGCACCAUAUCAGCCACACCGCAAAGCGAUUUGCCCACAACAUUUCACAAGAAUUCAUCAACAAUUUCUGCGUCGAACCAGAUGUCUGGAAGUCAUUGCAAUUCGCACACAUUAGUAACUUUCCACGCAUGAACUGCACUAGCUGCCAUACUAUGGUCUGCUUGCAUUGUGGCUACGAUGCACACCCAGGCUUAGACUGCGAGCAACACAUGAAAAGAAUGGCUACAGACAAGGCAACAGCCCAAGACAUCAAGGAGACAGUAGAAUGGAAAUUAGCCAACAGUCGUCGAUGUCCCAACUGUUCCAUCAUGAUCAACCGAGAUGAAGGAUGCAACAAGGUCGAUUGUUCUUAUUGUGGAUUCUGCUUUUGUUGGGCAUGUAGAUCAUCUUGGGCAGAUGGCUGUGGUUUCUAUCGAUGCUCCAAUGUGACAAAUCAAGUGUCUCUGCUUACAGAUACUUCUGUGGCAGCUACCACUACAAAUACUGCUACAAACAAUGAAGACAAGACAGAGGUUGGCGUUCCCAACAUGAAGAACAUUCAAGCACGACUUGUAAACCACCAUCUCCAGCGUCAAGAAGAUCGCAUGGACAUUGACUAA